GACAUUAGGCUAUGGGACUCUUAUAAGACUAUUAUCUAUCUCUAUAUCUAUAGCCCACAAACAUGUAUUUGGGAGGAUUUUAACGAAUCAGUUUUAUCCGUGAGACCAAAUUCAGGGCACAAAUGUUCCAUAAUCUAAAACCUGUCCCUCUAGCGGUGGGCAGAGAGUGUGACAGCUCAGUGCUGCAGCGGUGAACCGUUCAGCCGCUUCUUCCUGUCGUUCAGACAGAGGGAGAGAGAGGGGGGAAGGACGCACAAUGGCGACCGUGCAGUGCCCCAAUUGCACGGCCGAAAGGAAAGGGUUUCGGCGGGAACUUGAUUCUUGGCGAUACAAACUGAUACACUGCGUUGGGUUUGAAAGCAUUCUGGAGGGAAUCUAUGGCCCGCUGCUGCUGAGGGACCUCAAUUUAUUUGAUGACUGUGAACCUGAAGAAGUGGAUGACUGGUCUCAAGAAACAAGUUGCUCUCAAUGUUCAUUCUGCAACCUUCCCCUGGACAAACUCAGCAGUGAGCAAGUACCUGCAGCCACGUCGCCCCUCUCCUCCCCCUCUGACUACUCUCCCUGUCAGGCUCCAACCCUCUCUGAGAGCAGCCAAUCAGCGCACAGGUUCCUCCAAGCUGUGUUUAACAAGAAAGAUGUGUCCCCAGGCUGUGAUUCCAACAUCCCUCGUGUUGCCCAGGAGCUAAUGAAGAAGAUGAUACAUCAGUUUGCCUUGGAGUACGCGUCCAAGUGCCUACUCCACACUAGUACAAAUGGUGUUAGAACAAGGACCUCAUCGCCGUUGUCAGAAACAUCAGAUGCCCCUCUGGACCUCACAGUGAGCCGAACUGGGGAGGAAAAAGAGAGUGGAAGUGACCCAGAUGGCGUGCUCGACCUCUCCAACAGGAACUCUGCCUGCUUAGCAACUUCAUCAACAUCAUCUAAUCACAAGGCCUCAGGCUCCCUGCUGCUGUCAUUUAUGGAAGAAUCGGUGGAUCUGGGACAGCGAGGGACUAAGUGUCGCCAGAGUUCUGCAUUGGGUGCAGUUCUCAGCUCGCUCUGCUCAGCACACCAUUCCUUACUCUACCAGAUUCUGAAGCUGGCACGCCAGGAAAAAUUGCUGCUGUUCCUAAAUCACAGACCUGUAGAUCAAACUGAAUCUCACUGCUGUCAUUGUGGCGUAAACCAACAGGAUAUCGUUACCCCUAAUGCAGUCUCAUUUAGUGAAUGUAAAGCCAAUAACGGCAGCCCAUACUACCCUUUAAUCGAUUGUGAUCAUCAAGGUCACGGCAGCACAAUGUAUCAUCCAGGAGACCCCAAAUCCAAUUGUAGCAUCCAUCACUAUCCUUUAACAGACUGCAAAAGUGACGCUCCUCUGGGCUCAAGCUACUGCUGUGUGCAGAGUUGCAGGAUGGAAACCUACACGGUUAUGUGUCCCAAGAGGCUGCACUGCAUUUCCUGCCAAAGCCUGGCUGUAGGUCGUAUCAACAACAGAGCGUGUUCAUUAGCAUCCUCUCCUUCCUUAUCCAAAUCCCUUUUACGAUGCACUCCCUCCUCUAGUUUAUGCCCUUCCUCAUCGAUCUGCUAUAACCAACACAACCCCCACUCUUGUCUCUGUUAUCUAAACCAUACCUGUCUGACACAGGUCAGGAAUACAAAAGAAAGCGGGGUUGGAGAUGGGGAUCCUCCUUGUCCUGUACUAACUAGAGAGCAGAGCCCCUCUCCUCCUCCUCUGUCCCCUAUACCCUCAGACAUCAAUAAGAAAACUGAUGAAAAGCCACCGUCCCUCCUUCACCAUAGACAAGAGGAGGAAGCUGACCGAAUGGUUAAAGAUGGUCUUGUGAAUGCAAGCCACCAGGAAGCAGAUGUGGAUACAACUACAGAAGUGGAACGAGAAUGUAGGACCCCAAAAAGUAGUCCGGCUGAUCGGAACCCAAGUGGGACUUCAUUGCAAGAAGUUGUGAAUCGCUUCAGCAAGAAACUGGAGACAAUUAGACCUAUAGAGAAGGACCCACCUCUGGUUUCCACAGCUGUUAAUGUCUCUGAAAAGGAGCAGCCACAGUGUCCCUCAACCAGUCAGAACCUGCAAAUUCAGGUUGAUGCCCAUUUGACUGAAAUCAUCACCACAGUGCUUCACACAGGCAGUGCUAGUGACUACAAUCUCAGUGAGCUGUUCAAUCGCCAUGAUAGCAAAGAGCCCAAGUCACCUAAUACCCGCUCCCGACGUCGCCAAGAAGUCCUUACUGCUAUAGCAACACCUGCUGAUAAUGCUUCAACCAGAAGGCAAACCUUACAAAUUAAACGGGAGCUUGCCAGGUCCUACAGUAAAAGAAAGGUACCACUAGCGAAGAGGGCAAGAUUGAAAGAUGGGAAUGUUACUGUUUCUACAUCACCCACUUCAUCCGAUUCGAACCUAGUUAAAGGGGAGUCUAAAAGAGAAAUGGAGGUAGGUGUCGACUCUGUAGAGAAUCAUAGAGUUAGGGAGGGACCACUGAACAUUCUCACUGCAGAAAGUAACAGGGAUGAAGUAAAAGAGGAGAUACAGACAGUUGUAGUAACAGAAGAAGUUCAGAUCAUUAAAGCAGAGGAGAAGGAAAGGGAAAUAUCCAGUGAGGAAAAGGAUCUUACCCUUGCAAGCACUCAAAUACCGACCCCUGAGCUGCACAGCAAGUAUGACAAACAAUGCUCAAAGGGUGACAGUGUACAAACACAGGUGAUGACAGUGACUGCAACCUCAACAAAACGGUGUAGCAGUCCCCGUAAAGAAGAUGGUAGUUGUGCUGGAAGUGAUAGGAACCUGGAAGAAGCCCCAUCGGGUCCAAGCUCUGACAAUAGACCAGGUAAAGGUAAAGAUUGCUAUAGUCCUAUUAGAGAUAGGCAGAAAUGUCAAUCACACCACUCUAAGGAUGCAAGGAGAUCCCGGAGAAGUAUAGUACCCCCACAGUGGUUCUCCUCCUAUGUGACAGAGCCCAGGUUCUACGUUGCAUGUUUCUCUGAAAGCAUCCGUGGAACACAAAAGCACAAGGUUUUGACAUCUAGCACCCUAGAUGCCUUAUCCAAAGAUCCAGAUGCUGAGGACACCAAGCUUGAAUCAAUGUCCUCACCUGAGCACACAUUGAAGUUUUCCUUUGAAUCAACACAUAAAGAACGAUCUGGACCAUCCUACACAGAGUCAAAAGGUCUUUCUACAAACAAGGUCUUUCCGCAAACUUUGACUGACAAAGAGAAGAGUCCUACAAAACAGAGCCCUGACAAUAGGACAGACGUUAGCGACUGUGCUGCCAAGCCUUUUGGAAGGCUACGGUCAUCUCCAAAAAGACUACUGGACUCAAAGACAGCUUCAAGAAAUCCCCAAAACCCAUCAAAAAUGGAUGUCACCAUGAAGUCUGCUACCUGUGUUGAGAGCCCUCCCAUCUCCCAAGUCCAGUACAUUAGUCCAAUAAAGCUCAUGUUUGUAUCACCAGUAAAGGAUAAGGAAGGGGUCAGAUAUAGUCUCAAAUCAGCAUCUUCUGGUUCGAGUGCACAGGAACCCUUUGACCCGUGUGUAGAGUCUUCAUGGUCAGGGACACUUAAGAAACCCAAAAGCCAGAGAACUAAGUCUGCUACUUCACAAGUAAAAUCUUUUUCCUCACCACUAAAGUCUGCUACCUCACCUGCAAGAUCUGCUUCUUCACCAGCCAAGUCUGCUUCGUCAUCACCCAAGUCUGCUUCGUCAUCACCCAAGUCUGCUUCGUCAUCACCCAAAUCUGCUUCGUCAUCGCCCAAGUCAGCCUCUUCCCCAGCCAAGUCAGCCUCUUCCCCAGCCAAGUCAGCCUCUUCCCCAGCCAAGUCAGCCUCUUCCCCAGCCAAGUCAGCCUCUUCCCCAGCCAAGUCAGCCUCUUCCCCAGCCAAGUCUCCUUCAUCAUCACCUAAGUCUGCUUCUUCACCCAAGUCAUCUUCAUCAUCACCUAAAAUAGGUUCCAGAAGAUCAGGUGAAGGUACUCCAACUAAGCGUGGAGCUGAGAGCCAGAAAUCAUUAGGUGACUCAAUAUCUUACCAAGAAACCACUCCAAAAAGGCGUCCGGGCCGGCCAAAGAAGCUGGGACCACAGCUUGAGCAAAAGGCAAAGAGGCCAAUUGGUCGACCACGCAAGGAGAAGGCUUUGGAUUCAGUAAUGGGGGCAAAAACUGUAAAUGGAAAAUCUGUUAUAGCAUCUGACGUUAAGGAUAAUGUAAACAGGAACCUUAAAAUAACAGUAUUGUAUGGCCGUUCUAGGAGAAACAAACGAAUGGUGUCUGAGGGCUUUGACCAGCUGCAAACGGAGUUCCAUGAUGCUUGUCAAGCAGUAGGCCUUAAAAGUGACUUGGGCAUUUUAAUGCACAACCCUAAGACCAGCUCAGGUAGUAUCAAAACAACCUCAACAGAAUUGUCUGAAGAAUUACAUUUUGUCAGUCCUGUAAAAGAGUCUGCCCCUCAAUCUAGCAGUAACAUCAAAUGUCAGAAGAGGGAUGAUUCUGCACCUUCAAGGAAACCAGGUAGACCUGCAAAAGUUAAAAUCUCUGGAAUCUCAGUCACAGUAACCACAGUGUCACCUAGGCAGCGUAAAAUUCAGAUAAAUAAGGAUAUUAGACGGUCUCCUGAAACACUAAUUCAUAAGAAAGUAGUCCUACCGGAAUUCAAAUCUGCCAAAGAGCCCUGGACAAUCAGUCGUCAGUCAACAAGCAAAAGCAGUCAAACAGAAGAAGGCGUAGAAACAGAGGGUGAAAGUAAAGGCAAACUGCCAAACCAGCCUGUAGCAGUGCGUCACUCAAUGAGGGUGAGAAAGCCAUCGAUCCACUUACUGCACGCUGUUGCCACCUCCACCUCUAGAUCAUACAGCCACAGUAAUGCCCUGCUACGGCGCUCCAAACAACUUCUGCUGAACAAGGCUAGCAAUGAAAGGAGACAGGGGGAGCAAAAGAGUAGUUUAGAGACUUCAAGGGAGAAGAGACUGCUCCGUGGACAAGAGAGUAAGAACAUCUCUCAGGACCUGAGCAGAGUGGCAGAGGUGUCUAUAGACUCAAUAUUUACCCCAAAAGAGACGCUAAGGUGGUGGGCAGCAUCAGCUGAGGAAAAUACUAUGAACCAGGAGCUUGCCAGGCGAAUACGACUUAUCUCUGACACUUGGGUCUCAAACACUGUGGAGAACCAAGAAAAAGAAACUGCCUUCAGUUCAAAGACAGGCACUGACGGCAACAGUUCAUUUAGCAGGAAUUCAAAACAUUCCUCUGUGGUACGAACGCUGUUCGACUGUCCUCUUAACAAACCAAGGUCCUGUAGCAUGCCACAGCUCUGCUCCUGGUUUAUGCAGACCACAGAGACACAGUCUCUGGCUAUUGUCAAGAAGGCAAGCUCCCGUAAUCCUUACGAAGUUAUGCACUUUCCUCGUUCUGCCAUUAAAACAAGUGUUUGCCACAGUCCUCAGGCAGAGCGACUCCGCAAACACAUCAAGAAAUUUGCCAAAACGGUGCCAAAAAGUCCUUUGCAACAUCAACGGGCUCAAAGAAGGUUGAGGAAGAAAAAUGAGGCACUUUUAUCGAUACAUAAGAUUAGGCGUCAACUUUUCACUCCCAGGUUUGCAGCAAGCAGACUCAAUCAAGGAGCCCAAUGGUGGAGAAGCAGAGCAUUUCACAAAUACCGGACCACUCUAUUUAGAGCAAGGACAAGGUUCCUAACCCGGAAAGAAAGGGAGAGGUUGCAAAAGAGGCAGAGGAAUAAGAAAAACAUAAAAGUAGCUACAAGUUGUUCAAAGGAACAUGUAGUGACUGGACUACAACCAAAACGUAAAGCAUUACGCAGAUCAGCAAAAGCUCUGUUAUCUGACCGUAUGGAGAACAGUUCUGCCACCAGUUCUGUUGACCAAACUCAGGAGCCUGUGGAUGUACAAAAAGAGCAGAACCUCUACUGUAAAGCCUGGAGUCCUGAGACACUGAAGGAAUGUCGGGUGUUUCUGAGAAAGAUCAACUCUCCAGACAAUGAAUCAACUGAGGAAGAGUGGGACACCUGUACUGUGACACUGGAUGAUGGGUCACCUUCUGCAUACCUCUUUGCAGGAAGGGAGAGAGAACUGGUAGGAGUUGUUAAAGCUGUGAAAACUGAAAGAAAAAUUAGCACAACCUCAAGAGAGCUAGCAAGUUCUGCACCUAAAUCAGUCCAGGAGCAGGAUGAGAUGUCAGCGGGGAGGCAGAAAGGCAAAUAUAAAAGUCCUGGGGUUGCGUCUACUGAACCACCACCAGCAAAGAUGUUGAGACAAUCGCGAAUGAAGGGCCUAACCGGGCCAAGAUGGCACGACUUUGUGUUAGAAAACUAAAUAAAGCAUGAAGCCUCCUCCUAGCUGGGAAAGGGACUGUGGUUUAACGUGGUGCCUUUGGACAUUGAGCUGACCACGUGGACUGACCAUCUCACUAUGGUUCAGUCUUACACUCAGCAAUUAUGUAGCAGUCUAACUUAACAAAAGCUUGAUGUUGCACUAUUUUUAUCCAUUGAUAUGUAUGUACAGAAAUGUUUUUUUUUUUUUAAUUGCCUUUGUCUUUCUGAACGCGUAAGUAGAUCAAAUCAUUACAUUAAACAGAGUUUUAUCGGGAUAAGUACUUAUACAGUGAGCCCUGUCAGUGUGGCUGUAUUGGAAGGAAAGGCAAAGUGUGACUCUUUAAAGACAGUGCCAUCUCCCCUUAACAUACCUCAUUAUCAAGGCCACCACUUACUUCAGACAAUGACCUUUUAUUGUAAAUCUUAACCUGAAACCAUAAGAAUGUACAGCCCUAAAAUCCCCCCAAAUUAAUUUAAAUCUAUAGUCACCCUUACUUUGGCACCGUUUAAAUUCCAAAUUGCUAAUUUAAUUUAUUUUUAUUUUUUUAGAUUUGACAAAAGUAUAUUGAAAUUGAAUGACAUUCUCUAAAUCCGAGCCUUCUUUGCAAUAUUUGUCUUUGAUGCUUUAGUCACUGUUGUAUUGCAAGCCAGUAGCCAAAAACAUGGUGUGAAUGAAGGAAGGACUGUUAAAUAUCAACCACGUCCCAUUUUUUACCCCGAACACUAUCUGAGUAUGGGCCCCAACUAUAAAAUUGUGUAUUGAACUACAGUAAUUGGCCUUCCGCCUGUACUUGAACCAAAUAGUUUGUCAUUAUUUCUUUCAAAGUAUUAACAAUAUCUGUGAGUCUUGGCACUAAACUGCAAUUAACCCACAUGUUCUAAAUGAGUAUGUGUGAAGUGAUGAAGAAAAUGACAUUAUGCAGUUAUAGAAAGUAGAUUCUGAUUCAUUUGUUGGUUUGUGGGCUGCGUCUGGUUUUAAUUCACUUAUCUUUGAUUUUUUAAUUUUUUUUCUUCACCCAAAACAGAUACUCUGUUGGUGUUGGAUUUACGUCUUGCACUAUCCCAUCUGAGAUUAUUAUUCCCACUACACAGAUUCCUCCCCCAUCUUUUGCACAUUCUGUGUCCCACUACCAACCCUUACUGUAAAACUAGAGAAUCUAUUUGGUGCAAUACAAACCCAGAUGAUUUCAGUAUGUAGUAAAUAUUUUAUUGCUGACAGACGAAUGGAUGUACACAAGUACCAAUGGCCUGGGAAGUUGUUUCCGUAGCCAUGUAGUGAUUUUAAACGAUAUCGCAAUAGAAACUUUUCUUUUUCCCCCAACCUGCUUCGUUUCCCUCAAUGAAGCAGAAGAAACAGAUCCUAGUUAUGAUAGCAUUAAAUAGUUUUUUUUCACAAAUGUACUAGCAUUAUUUGCAAUUGAAAUGCAGGUGGGAAAUGUGUUGCUGUUAAGUUUUAUUUUUUUUUUGCAGCAAGAGACUCCUACCUCCACGGGGGCUCAACUAGGCCUACUGCUCUUUUACUUAUCAGGCGUGUGAUAGAUAAGGACAGAGAUGAUUGGUUAACACUAACCUUGGAUCAGUAUCAUGUUAAAAGGGGCAGGUAGAUCCAAGAUGUCUGGCUGUAGGUCAAAACCUAAACCUGUAGUGUGUAUUAUGUGUCCGACUACCCUUGUGUGUAUGUCACUAUGGUUGUCGUUUCAAUACAAGUGUUGUGGGGUGGCCCAGUCUUGUGAUCAGCGCUCUGUUGAAAAACCUGGUGCUCUACCAACAUGUUGUAUAUAUUUUUUUCUUUAUCAUGUUUUUAUACUGUCAAUUACAGAUGCAAAAAGAGGUGUCUGUAAUUUAAACAAUAAAGAAUCUUUUGAAAUAA